GAGCCAGGUUCGCUAUGUUUACAAGGCGCACGUGACCGGUCAGAUGGCAGCGUACAUUGUACGUCACUGCCAUGCGCCUCCCAGCCGCGGUGUGGAGCGGUGCCCGGGCAGUCCGCGGACAGUGGAGUGCAGGUUUCGGGAUGUUGCCGGUAAUGUCAGUCCUGGGCCGGAGCUGCUGGGCGGCUCGAACUAGUGAGUUGGAAAUAUAAUGGGAUUGGGGGGGAGAGGUUGUCCCGUGUUUUCCACUUUUGUCGCUGAUGACCUUCUCUGUCCCCCAGCUCUCCGGUCCUUGCACACCGUCUAUCAGAGUGUGGAGCUGCCGGACACACACCGCAUGCUGAGGGACACCUGCAGGGACUACGCCGAGAGGGAACUGCAGCCCAUAGCCGCUAAACUGGACCGGGAGCACCUCUUCCCCCGGGAUCAGGUACUGCAGCAGACUGGCACAGAGUCCACAUACAGCAGAGGUCACACGCUGCAGGGGGGCACCAGGUUCUGGUUUGCCAAACUUUAGCUGGAGUUAAAGUCUUGGAUAGCAGCUCCAGCUAGUAAAGAAACACUCCAAUUUAAAGGUACACUAUAGUCACCUGAACAACUUUAGCUUAAUGAAGCAGUUUUGGUGUAUAUAACAUGCCCCUGCAGCCUCACUGCUCAAUCCUCUGCCAUUUAGGAGUUAAAUCCCUUUGUUUAUGAACCCUAGUCACACCUCCCUGCAUGUGACUUGCACAGCCUUCCAUAAACACUUCCUGUAAAGAGAGCCCUAUUUAGGCUUUCUUUAUUGCAAGUUCUGUUUAAUUAAGAUUUUCUUAUCCCCUGCUAUGUUAAUAGCUUGCUAGACCCUGCAAGAGCCUCCUGUAUGUGAUUAAAGUUCAAAUUAGAGAUUGAGAUACAAUUAUUUAAGGUAAAUUACAUCUGUUUGAAAGUGAAACCAGUUUUUUUUUUUCCAUGCAGGCUCUGUCAAUCCUAGCCAGGGGAGGUGUGGCUAGGGCUGCAUAAACAGAAACAAAGUGAUUUAACUUCUAAAUGACAGUGAAUUGAGCGGUGAAAUUGCAGGGGAAUGAUCUAUACACUAAAACGGCUUUAUUUAGCUAAAGUAAUUUAGGUAACUAUAGUGUUCCUUUAAAGAGAAAAAAAGAGGAAAGCCCUAUUUAGUCGAUAUGCCCUUUGUGAUAACAUACAAGCACUUUGUUUCCAGUGUGGGUAUAUCUACAAUGGCCUCCAAAGACUGAGGAACUCUUAUCUGCAGCCUUUGCAAGCAGUGUCCUUUUUCUGCCACAGACUUUUUGUGUUCUUGCACUGACCAGUCAGUCAUUGAGAAGCCUCUGAUUUUGAGCAACAGGUUCACCCACACACUGUUUUCUACUUUAACCCCUUAAGGACACGACAUGUGACAUGUCAUGAUUCCCUUUUAUUCCAGAAGUUUAGUCCUUAAGGUGUUAAAGGCUUCCUAGUAAGCUAGUUGGGCAAAUAAAGGAGUCUAUGGACAUAGGGAAGAGGCAGGCACACUUUAUCUCUGUGGAGCUAAGUGAAGUGGAAGAUAACCUCUCUGGCUGCCUGACUGAAAGCCGGGUAGGUGUAUCCGCAAUUAUUUAUAAAAGUGCUGAUUUUAUAAAUUGCAAUUCAAUAAGUGCCGUUUUGCAUGGAGUUUUCCUUUAAUCCACCACUUUCCUGCAAUGAUAUGCUGGUAGAAGAGAUGGGGAGAGAGAAAUACAUUGUCCUUGUCUCCACAAUGCUUCUCCUGGUAAGUCCAUAAUGAGUGAGGGUCCUGAAUUAAGAGAAAAAGGAAAAUAUGCUUCAUACUUACUGUAAUUUUCUUUUUAUAAUUAUUCAUGGCAGCAUUUACUCAUGGGUUAGCUCCUCCCCUCAUAGCAGAAAGGACAGGAAAUAGAACUCUGAAACUGGUAUAAAUAGAUCAUCCCCCUUCCCAUCAGGCAGUCUUUGUAACUAGCUUCACAUCUUAGCCCUUUAAGUACACAUGAUGGAAAUAUUCCGUCAUGAUUCCCUUUUUAUUCCAGAAGUUGUCAUUAAGGGGUUAAAGUAUAUGGGUGGGAACGUAAUGCUGCCAUGAAUAAUGAUCAGAAAAAGAAAAUUACGAUAAGUAUGAAGCAAAUUUUCCCUUUUUCCUGACAUUAUUCAUGGCAGCAUUUACUCAUGGGGAAUACCCAAGCAGUAUAUAUAGAGGGAGGGACAGAGUUCAAAAACAGCUAAUAGCUAUAAGACCAUUAUUGAGCUGCAUAAACCUUAGAAGACUUUAAAAAAGCCAAACAAGACAUCAAUAAAAUAUUGUCAUACAUUCUGCUCAGACAAGUUAAAUAAUCUAGAGGCUGCAAGGACAGCAACCUCCUAGCAUUCAAAUGUCUGAAAUAUCCUGAAUAAUUAUAGAGUCAGAAAGGAAUUAAGGUCAUGAUAGCCUAGGUUAGAGAAGGAUAAUGCCAUUUUGAUAUAAAAUUUAAAACCAAAUUGAUGACCUCAUCAGAUCAGAACUUUGACAAAGUCAUAACAGAAUGUUGGAUGAGAACAGACACACCAUGCUAUUAAACAUGGGGAGAAUUACACUGAGAAUCCUACUACUUUCUGGAUGUAAUUAUUAAUGACGAUUCACACUGUUUCCUCUUGCCUUGUGAACUACUUACCUGUGGAUACAGGAAACAAAUCAAUAUCUGCCUGUCAGAAAGAGGCAGAGCCUAUUAGAGAAAUAAGGGUUAUUAAAACACUGCAAUAACGAAUACAUAUAUCUAUAUAUAAAUCAGACUCACAACAAUACCUCACACAGUGGAUGAAUUGAUACAGUAAUGAUCAGUCACAGGAGAGGUAUAAACCAGUGACAUUACUAGGCAAAGGCAAGAAGAAUCAUAUACAGAUUAGUUAAGGAAAGAAAAAAAAAAGACAUCGGUAUGAACCGUAGAAUUUGUGGCAACUCCUAAAUUAUAAGGAGGCCAAUCACGUCAGUACCUACAUUCAAAGAAACAUAUUGUAAAUAGUACAGAUUAUGCCAAACAGUAUAAUCAAAUUUAUUAGAGACUGUUGUGCAACAUAAGUAAGAUAUAUAUGUUGCACAACAGUCUCUAAUAAAUUAUUAGAGACUGUUGUGCAACAUAAGUAAGAUAUAUAUAUAUAUAUAUAUAUAUAUAUAUAUAUAUAAUCUCUAUCAAGAUACUGAUGGGAAGGUGGUAACCAGAGGCACAUUAUACAUUGUGGCAACAGACACAUAAUAAGCAGGAUAGUAGAAGAUAUUCAGUUAUCGUUAUGAGAACAACCGCAUACUUACUCUUACCUUAUCUUCAGAUAGUGAUGAAGUACUUAUGGUGAUAAUAAGAAGUUUGUAUUAUCUGCAAGUUAUCAACACCAAUACAAGUAUAUAAUCCACAAGUAUUAAAUCAACGCAAUGUUAGGAGUGACCAUGAGGUCAGAUCUAGGUCAGAGACCCUGUAAAACAUAUCAGUCAAAUGUUUGUCAUCAACAAGCUGCAUUACACUAUAUUAUGCAGGAUGAAUCAACCACUUAAAGCCACACAUUGGUUGCAAAUUCCAGAUAUAAGGACCCCUAGAAGAAUCCCCAUGAAUAUCAGAAGAGAGGACCGUAAUGGAGUUACCUGUUCAGGGAUUUCCUCUAUUGUUCUGGUAGCAGGUGAAUUUUACCUGAAAUAGUAAACCUGGUACAAUGGCCUGGGGACUAGAAAGACCUUCCAGUGUCAAUUAAAAUGCUUGCAAUACAAAGUAUCGAAAACUUACCUGGAUCAUAUGAGCCUAAAAGAAUACAUUUUAUUGCAGAAAGGAAUUUAUAAUAUUCCCCUUCACAACAGGGGAAUCUUGUCAGAAAUUUCUGAACAUUUAAUUCCUUUAGAACCAAAAGCAAGCCACCCCUGACAUAUCCUAAAGGGAUUGCCAAACUCUCAGGUCCCCAAGGGAUAAAAGAGAAUACUGCAUAUAUGAUUAGUACAUUCUCCAAAUUAUAAAGAUUAUGCUUUAAGGAAAGGUACGCAGUUCUAAAGAAUAUGUUAAUACAUCAAGCAUAUUGUGAACAGAUCCCCUGAAGCAAUGUCCACAUCAGCUUACAUAUAGAGCAUGUAGAGGACAUAUACUGAGGCUAUCUCUCCAUAGUAACUCAUACAUAUGGCCUAUAGUGGAUACAUAUACUGAGGCUGUGUCCUCAUAGUAAUUCAUUCACAGAGCAUAUAGUGCAUACAUAAACUGAGGCUGUGUCUCCAUAGUAACUCAUACAUAUAUCCUAUAGUGGAUACCUAUACUGAGGCUCUGUCCUCACAGUAACUCACACAUAGAGCAUAUAGUGCAUAUAUAAACUGAGGCAGCGUCCUCAUUGUAACUCAUACAUAGAGCCUAUAAUGGAUACAUAUACUGAGGCUGUCCCCAUUGAAACUCACACAUAGAGCCUAUAAUGGAUACAUAUACUGAGGCUGUCCCCAUUGAAACUCACACAUAGAGCAUAUAGUGGCUACAUAUACCGAGGCUGUGUCUCAAUAGAAACUCUUAUAUAUAUCAUAUAGAGGAUACUUAUACUGAGGCGGUAUACUCACAGUAACUCUUACAUAGAGCAUGUAGUGGAUAUAUAUACUGAGGCCGUAUCCUCCUAGUAACUCCUACAUAGAGCAUAUAGUGGAUACAUACACUGAGGCCGUGCCCUUAUAGUAACGCAUACAUGGAGCAUAUACUGGACACAGUCUGUUCAUACAUUAGAGCAUAAAGUGCAAACAUACUGAUGCUGUACCACCACCAGAUUAUGUAUGGAUACUGAGGCCCCGUGGUCUCAUAUGCAGUAUAUUCUUCCACUCUCUGGAAAAGCCUGCUUAUUUGCGAUAAUGCACAGAUAACAGCAAUCAAUGCCACAUAUCUUGAUAGGAACAAGUGUGUGUGUGUGGACUUAGUUAGGCUUUUAAAACCUGUCAUAUACAUAUGAGUACUUCAAUCAGACACCCAGGAAAGUUCUCUUACCUUGGAUAUUUCUUCAGGACUGUGAAAUUCCAGCAGACUUUAUACAGCAAGGAUAUCCAUUAUUAGCACUCUUUGUCACAGUGCCUCAUUGCUCAUAAGCACUCUUUUGCACAGUGCUUCCUUGCAUUAUCAGCACUCUUUUGCACCAAGCCAAUCCUUUCUUGUAUAAACUUACCUAAAUGCUCACCACACAAACCUCCUAAAUGUGACCUAUUUGUUAUAAGGAAGCCUAAUGUAAGCAGCUGGGAGGGACUGAAAGAACAGAGACCCAGGUGCCUAUACUAGUUUUACUCUAAAUUACUAUUGCACUUACCUGAACAGCUGCAGGCCUCUGUUUCAGCGGCAAAAUGGGGAUUUGAACAACUGACAGCUUAAACUGUUUAAACUAUAGGCUUCCAUCUGUACCCCAUAUGCUGUCCAUCAUCACCAGUGGGAGGAGGUUUAACCAACCCCAUACAAGGUGGAACACAUAGAACAGGAAUACCCAGGUAGUCACCUUAUGGAAGUGCUGUUUACUGGGUCUUCAAGGAUAAAGGCUUAGACUCGGUUGGGCCUCAUGUAUGCAGUGGACCACUGUCAUCCCCUCAGGGAGAGAGAUAGGUCAGACUCCCGAUUGCUGAAGGAGGUACCCAGGCUGGCAACUGUUACAGAUGUGCUGUUUGCUGGGUCUUCAGGGAUAAGAGGCUGAACCCUGGCCUGGCUUCCUGUAGGCAGUAUAUCACAUUCAUCCCCUGAGGGGGUACCCAAGCUGGCCUGUUGCUGGGUCUUCAAGGAUAAGAGGCUGAACCCUGGCAUGCAGUGGACCAUUUUCAUCCCUUAAGGGAGAGGUUGGGUCCGACCCCUGGUCACUAAAGGGGGUACCCAGGUUUGAAGUAUUAACAAUAGUGCGUUGCUGGGUCUUCAGGGCUUAGAGGCUGAACCCCGGCAGGGCUACAAAAAUAUUGCCUGGUGAGCAUAAAAGAAAAAUCUAGGCCUGCAUAAGUAGACUCCUUCCAAACUGUUGUGAAGGACAGGAAAAAAAGACUGCCUGAUGAGAAUGGGGAGGAUCUAUUUAUACCAGUUUCAGAGUUCUAUUUCCUGUCCUUUCUGCUGUGAGGGGAGGAGCUAACCCAUGAGUAAAUGCUAACAUGAAUAAUGUCAGGAAAACUCUGUUGCAAGAGCAUUUCUAGCAUUAGAAUUUCUUCCUCUUGAUUUAUGGCACCCCUUUAAAAGUAAAAUAAGUUAUACUCCCCAUUCAUCCCUCGCAGUGCCAGUCUUGCUGAUGUUAUCUUUCCGAUACCCCACCAUCAAAAUUAUUGGUGAUAGUGAUCUCAGCUAAGCCCAUGCCCCUCCAUGGAGAAGCAUUAAAGGUACUUCAGUUCAUGUGCAACAAUCACCAUGCUUGUGCCAUUCAAUACACACACAGACUCUCUAAGGCUACGCUAUGAUCUUGUUAACAUUGAAAUUCCUCCUUUUUGUUUCCGUUAUUUUGUUUUAUUUCAGAUUCUACAGAUGGGUAAAAUGGGUUUAUUGGCAGUGGAGGUCCCUGAAGAACUUGGUGGUGCUGGACUUGAUUACUUGGCAUAUUCUAUCGCAAUGGAAGAAAUCAGCCGUGGGUGUGCAUCUACUGGGGUUAUCAUGAGUGUUAACAAUGUGCGUGCAGAGAGUUCAAUGAAUAAAUAGAAUAUUUUCUAGCAUUUGUGUCUAGAAUCGAAUCUAGUAGGUACCUUACAUGCUAUGGGUUGAUAAAUCGGGGAUGUCUGUUUUGUUGCAUUAAAAAAAAUCUACAUAUAGAACAAAGUUGAGCAGACUGUUGGAGACCUCUACAAUUUGAAAUCUGCUGACUUUAAACAGGUACAAAAUAAUAUAAAAAUACAUUAACUAAAAAAAGGGUCAUUUCAAGAACUGCUAAAAUGGAGCAUAUGAUCAGUCAUAUGUAUGUUAUAAUAGCACAUACUUUCCUGAAUAGAAGAUAUGUUAAUAUCGUGGUUCUCCGCUUAUGUCUUGUAUUUUAUAUUCACUGUUAUUCAUGGUAUAAAACAGAACUUGUUUUUUUCCCUCCCAUGUGCUAUAAUUACAUACACAUGACUGAUCAGGUGGUUAUUAUAUAGUAUUGGCAGUUUUAGUUUUGUUUUAUGUGUGUGAUUUUAAAAAAAAUGUAUUUAUAAAUUACAUUAUAUUGUUUGCCAUCUCUAUUAUGCCUCAGUGUAUCUUGAGACUUUUACAUUUUUAUCAUACUGCCCAGUACUACUGUUUCAACUUUGAUGUGAUCAUACUUGUUCUUGGUGUGCUACAAAGUAUUUUUAGUCUGUUGAAAUGUUUAUUACACUUCACAUAUCACACUUGUUACAAUCUAUGAGAAACAAAGUAUUCACAGGUCUGUACAAUAGGAUGUCUUGCACUUGUUGAAUCUUUGGUGCUUUCUCUGUCUUUUAUGUUUUCUGAUUUGCUAUUCUUGAUUUAUUUUUCCAGUUUAUUGCCCCAUAUACACACACUGUGCUCUACAUGGUUUUUACAUUCUUUGAGUAUUACAUCAGCCAAGUUUCUUUUUUUCACAUCAAUUCUCCCUCUUUUUCAUGUUUCCUGCUCUAUAUAUCUAUUUAUAGGUUGAUACUAUAUAUGCAAAUAAUUAAAGUGUAACUGGGCUGGAAAUAGCUGAUUUUUUUUUAAAAUUAAUUUCAAGUGAAUUUUUCCACUUUAACAAUUUUGAAAUGGGAAAUUCUUGACAGCCUUGUCAGUUUUUCAGAAUUACAGAUUUGGUGUAUAAAAACCCCAUUAUGUUAGAACGAAAGUUGUGAAUGUGCUCUUUUAUUUCCCUCUUAUAUAAAGUCCACUUGGCAUUUUAAUAUGUACAUUUACAUGUGCAAAAACAUAGCCAAAAUGUAUCCUACAUGACAUAGGGAAUAGCUUACUUAUUCAUUAUUCAUACAUAACAUUGAUAAGAUAGAUAUAUAUAUUCUUACUACUCUGCAUGGUGCAGACUGAAAACUAAUCUCAGCUAAUGCUAAGGGCUGAACAUAGGAUGAGAAACAAUACAUUGAUUUAUUUUGUUCCUGUUGUCUAGUCUUUGUAUUUAGGACCCAUUUUAAAGUAUGCUACAGAAGAACAGAAAAAAAUGUGGCUUUCUCCAUUUUGUAGUGGAGAGAAGAUUGGUUGCUUUGCACUCAGUGAGCCAGGUAUGUUAAAUCAAUCAGGUUCUCACUUGUAAGACUGUCUAGCUAUUGGCUGCACAAUGUCUUAUUUUCAGUUAUUUUUUUCUGAACAUCGAUGCCUUGCACAGGUAAUGGAAGUGAUGCAGGUGCAGCAAGCACAGUUGCUAGGCUGGAGGGUGAAGAGUGGGUUCUUAAUGGCACUAAAUCAUGGAUCACAAAUGCUUGGGAUGCCUCAGCAGUUGUCGUGUUUGCAACAACUGACAAGUCACUAAAACACAAGGUAAAUCUUUAUUCGUAUGUCCCAUGAUGUGAGUACUAUUAAAAAUCUAUAAUGUUAGAUCAUUUAUGGAGUUUGGCAAUUUAUGUGUUUUCUCUAAUGACCUUAUUCCCUAGGUUCCAUUAAUUUAGAUUUUCUGUUACAGGGUAUCAGUGCUUUCUUAGUGGAGAUGCCAACUCCAGGUCUCUCCCUUGGGAAGAAGGAAGACAAGUUAGGUAUUAGAGCCUCCUCCACAGCAAACUUGAUCUUUGAAGAUUGUCGAAUUCCUCGUGAGAAUCUUCUUGGACAGGAAGGAAUGGGCUUUAAAAUAGCCAUGGUAAGGACUGCACAGUAUAGAUUCUGUAAAUGAUAAUAAUGCUGCUUCACUCUCACUAAUUGUCUGUAUAUAGCAAACAUUGGAAUCUGGUAGGAUUGGAAUUGCAUCUCAGGCACUUGGAAUUGCACAAGCUGCUUUGGACUGUGCUGUAGAUUAUUCAGAGAAGCGCUUUGCGUUUGGAGCACCUAUCAGUAAAUUACAAGCCAUACAGGUACGGGACUCUUGAGUGCGUAUGUACUAUACAUUUGGGAUUACGUUAACGGCACUAAAUGUUCAUUUCUUUUUACUUCAGUUUAAGCUGGCAGACAUGGCAGUGGCUCUGGAAAGCGCUCGGCUGCUUACGUGGAGAGCUUCCAUGCUGAAGGAUAACAAAAAACCUUAUACCAAGGUGAGCUCUGGUGUAAUCUGCAUUGUUGACAGAAUAAUGUGCCUUGUAUUGUAUUUUCACAUACAUAAUGUUUAGAGAGCUUUCAAAAGCAUUAUGAAAGAUACCUAUUGCAUAUCAGAUACCAACUGCAUGUAAAUGUGUUUCUCAACUUUAAAACUUGUCAUUUGAUGAGAGUAAAACACCAGUUUUGUUUUACAUUUUACCAGACAAAUUGCUGGCAAUUGUAGAGUAUCUUUCUAGAUAAGGAUUUUUUUUUUAUAUAUAUAGGGUAAUACAAUGGUAGAGUAGAAGUGUAAUUUUGAUAGGUGUGUGCAAUUCCGCAUUCCUGCUCCCCAUUACUUACUUCACUGCUGUUACUGCUCACAAUGACCACACUGAUCUUGGGGAUUUUGUUGACAGAAUGCGCAUGAAGCCGUUCUGAUCCUAGCCUGAUUGCUAUUGUUCCAUCCAGAGAAUGUAGAGGGCAAGACUUAUUGGAAGGAUCUUUCCAAAGUUCUCCAAGCUCUCGCCACUAGAGCACUUUCUUCUUCAUGGGCAACUGCAGUGAAUGUUCUAGUUGAGAGCAUCUUGAUGGCAGCCACAUAGUCUUCUGUCAAUAUGGUUAUGAGAUAUUAUGCACGUGAUGUUCGUGCAACAGUAUCUAUUUCUUUUGGGGAAAAGGGUUCUUUAUAGUUCCAAAGAUUAGCCAGUAAUCUGGAAAAUUUUAGCCUUACUUACUGCAAUUUUCUUUUUCCGGAGUGGAAGGAGUUUGGGGGAUGGUGCCGGUGACUUCAGUCAUUGAACAUUAUACAGGGUAAAUUUACAAUUUAAUUUCCUGUCCUAUGCAGCCAAGUGGACAGGGGGGAUCCUAUUGAAUGCCAUGAAUCUAUCCAGUAAAGAAAAGUAUGGUAUUGCAAAAUGUUCAAUAUUCUUUGACAGAUGCAGCUGCAGUGUAAGUCUGUGAUCAAUCAAUAAGGGCCAUGCAACUGACAAUCUUUUCAAUUGUGUGGCUCCAUUUUUUUGUAAUGAGUGUCACUGAAAAGGCCAAAUUCACUAAUUAGAAGGGCUAUCCACAAAUCUGCUGUUUAAGUCCAAAUUGUAGUCCAAUUACAAAAUUCAGGCUGAAAUUAGCUAAGCUGUGACUACGGCAAAGUUAGAGAACUUCUCCAACCUAAAAAUGUUAGCCUCAGUUUUGUCAAUCCACUUCCAGUUCACUGAAUGAUGAUUCAGAGUUUAAAAUAAACUGUAUUUAGUCUGUGUUUAAAAGUGGCAGUGGCUUGGCUUACAAUCUGUUCAUAAAAUCAAACAUGACAUUUUGAGAUUUUACAACUUUUUAUUUUUUUAGUAUUUUGUUUUUUCUUUUCUCAUCAGGAAGCAGCAAUGGCAAAACUUGCAGCAUCUGAGGCUGCUACACGAGUUUCUCAUCAGGUAACAUUCAUAACACCACUUUGGAGCAAUAUAUCAGAGCAGGGCUAUCCAAGUGGAGCCAGUUAUUCAUUUUACCCCCAAUAAAAUCAUAGUUAUUGUAUAUCGGCUGCUGUGGGAUCGUGGAGGACUACAUCGUUCACAUAGUCCGGAGAGUGGAAGCCUAGAAGCCCCUCUUCUAAUAGCUUCUUUUAAAAAAAAACAAAAAAAUAUGUAUUUUAUUUCUAUAACCAUUCUGCUGAAGUGUCUAUUAAAAAUAGUAGAUGGGAUGGGAGAAUAAGUUAGUGCUAAGUUUCUCUGACCAUGAGUGUAGUAUAUUCAAAACUUCCUUCUUCAAGUUGAAUUAAACCAUAAAUAUGACUCCAGCAGUAUGGAUAUUGAAGCUAAUUAUUUUUGAUUGUCCCUGUUCUGUAAUUCUUUUAGGCAAUUCAAAUCCUUGGGGGCAUGGGUUAUGUGACAGAUAUGCCAGCUGAACGCUAUUACCGAGAUGCAAGAAUCACAGAAAUUUAUGAAGGCACCAGUGAAAUCCAGAGGCUUGUGAUUGCAAACCAGCUUCUCAAGGACUACCGUAGCUAGGACAUUUGUGAAGAGCUGGAUAGUUGGGCAGAAGCCAUUAAUUUUCUUGACUUUUAGGACUCAAACCUUUAAUUCACUGUGAUGCCUUAAAGAAGAUCAAGCACUGAUUUAGAUUCAACAGAUCAUUUGGACUGUCGAUGUAGUUAAGAUCUUUCCAGGAUUCUUACACUGUGGAGCAGACUCUGUGCCAAGGACCUGUGGAGCGUCUUACAAUGGGCUCAAAGCUAAAUAAGUUAUGAAACACAAAAAUUUUACCAAAUCACUAGUAUAAUCCAAAAUAUUACAAAUGGAAAUCUUUUAGAAAUAAAAUGACAUUUUUAAUCUAGUUUUUCUGACUUAUGCAUGCUACGUAGUGCAGCACCAACAAUUGAUAUGGUGAUAUAUAUUCAUAAGAGAGUUCUUUUGCCAUGAUACUCUCGUGGCUCUUGCAUGGGUUCUACACAUAUACCCAUUUGGGUUGGAUUGUAGGUAUGUGAAUUGCUGUCACAUGGUGACCGUAUAGAAUCAGGAUGUGUUUACUGGCAUACGUGGUAACAAGUACUUUUAUUGUCUGCAGUUUUCACACAUUAUAAAGGAAAAAAAUAUUUUGGAGUAUCAGGUACUCACUUGUGGAUGAGAAAUUAACCACAACCACAAUAUAGGUUAUGUGCAUCUUAUAAUAAAGUGAUAAAUUAAUUUAGGGUUUUUGUUCUGUUAAAGAGUUGAGGAGAAGUAGAGAAGUAUCCAUGCCUACCUUGAGAGUAUUUUUCACCACCAAUAUAGUAGUAGAUUGGAGAUAGUGGGGCAGCUCUAAAUAAUACAUUGGUAAUUUCAUUUUGUGUUUGUUUUUUUCCCCCCUUUUCAAGGGGUGAUGGGAAAAGAUACUUAAAAUAUAUUUACCUCAAAGUUUCCCUCUCUCACGAUUCAUGAUCACUUGUAAGUGAGAGGAGAAUUGGAGAUCUUUGGUCACUGUAUCAGUGUUUAAUAUCGACAUCCAAUAACCACAACUCCACCUGUAUUUAUCUUCACAAAAUAAACAGCAACGCAAUUAUUCACACAGAAUUCAAAACAAAAAAAAGGUGGUGGGUUAGCAAAUACAAGAUCACAAAAAAUAGAUGGUGCUGUCACCUUAAAUAUACAAGAUUGCUUGCAACUAUCAGAGACCAGGGUGAUUUAAAAAAAAAAAAAUUGUAAUUAUCAACAAUGAUGUGUUGCACACCCUAAAAUUUCAAUGCUAGAAGAAAUUUUAUAUGGGGAAUAAAAAAACUUUAAUUCCUUUUUAAAGGAACAGUAUUUUGUUAGGAAUACAUAUCUGCCUUCCUAAUGCUAUAGUGCCACAGUCCAUAGUUGGACUAGAUGAAAGCCCAAAUGCAAGAAAAAUUAUUGAAAAGAAUAAAAUGUUUUUACUUACUUUUCUCCAGCAAAGAGACUCCCUUGGUGCUGUUGCCUUUUCUGCCUUCUGCAACUUCAUCCGAGAGCUGUCACUCUCUAGCUCUUCUUAUCUAAUGCUCUUCAUAGAGGAGCACUGGGGACUGAUGCGCAUGCGUGGCAAACGCAGUAAGCAUCCAAUCAAAUGCAUCUCAUAGGAAAGCAUUGAAUUCAAUACUUCACUAUAAAUUGCAUUUGGUCACAUGACCAAGUUUCACUUUAUCGUUGUAUCAGAAAUACACCGACUAGAGUAGUGUUUAACCCUGCAAUAUAAACAUUGCAAUUUCUACAAAACUGUACAUUUUACAUUGCACGAUUAAAACUACAGGGCCACUGCACCCACACUGCUUCAUUGAAAUUAAGCUGUCUGGGUGCAUUUAGUGGUCCUGUUAAAUGUUUAAAUAGUCAAUUUCCACAAUGUGAAAUAUCAUGUAAAAUAUACAAAAAAACAAGUACAGCACACUACCAUUUAUUUAAAUUCAUGUAAAUAUAUAAAUUAAAAACACUGACAGUAUUGUUUGAGAGCAUUCAUGGUUUUAAAAACACUUCGGUUUAAAGUCAUCCAGGUCUCUUGGAACAUUCACUAUCUUUUUGUAUCCUGUUCCUUGAUUGGGAAGGGCGAUGAUCUCUUCUCUUAACUUUGUGGACCAUUCUUUUGCCUUAGCCAUAUUUCCAGCAUGCAGUUAGAUACAAACCCCUAGCCAGUUCAAGUAUUUCAACUGUUCCAGCUCAAGCACUAAUUAAGCCCUUUAUUAGUUGUAUCAGGUGUGCUUGAGACCACAUGUUUUGCAUAUUUGUGCUGUUGUGAGGGAUUCUAUCCAGGGGAUUGAAUAAUUUUGAGACUGGAGAAGUCAUAGGUGGCCUUUGGGGAAACCACUUGAAGCAUUCAUUGUGUUGAGCUAUUUUAAUUGCUUUUUAUUCAGACAAGUGAGACACUGCAAUGUUUUGACCCAUGAAAAGGGUCUUUGUCAAAUAAAUAAUUUCGAUGAUACUUGUAGUGCCUGGAUUCUCUGUCUACCAUUGAUAUCUACACCUUUGGGCUGGUGCUGGCCUUUGGUCCAAUUUUUGCACAUGAUUGGAGUGCAGUUCGUUUUUCUCUUUUUUUUUUUUUUUUUAACACAAAUGCUUAGAUGGGCACUUCUGUUUUGUCUACAAAGAGACAUGGACCGAGUAAACCAGUUGGAUAAAUUUGGAAACUGAAAUUAGUUUGCCUGUAAUAUGACCCCAGAAUUUUUUUUUAAAACUAGAGUUUACAUGCCAGCAAUUUCCACUUUGGUGAGUUUUCAGGUGUGGUAUUGCUAAGUAGGCAUCAUAAAAUACUAAAAAAUACAGAGGAGCUCUUGC